CACAGGUUCUGUCUUAGAGCACCAGCUGGUGAGCAAUGCAAGGAGCAGACUUGUAACCAACUUAUAUCACUUUCAACAUGAAGACAGCCACAGUGCCAGUGCUUCUGACCCUGGCUCUUUGCCUCAUACAAGAUGCUGCCAGUGAAGAUGAAAAUCAGGAAACAUGCAAUGAAUUUCGGGCAUUGAUGAAAAAUGGAAAACUGUUCUGUUCCGAAGAUAAAAAACUUUUUCAAAGCCCUGAUGGAAUCAUGUUCAUCAACAAAUGUGCCAAAUGUAAAAUGAUAUUGGAAAAAGAAGCAAAAUCCCAGAGAAGAACCAGGCAUUUAGCAAGAGCCACCAGGGCUACUGCAAAGGAUAUAUGCAGUGAUUUUCGGCCUUAUGUGAAGGAUGGAAGACUUGGAUGCACAAGAGAAAAUGAUCCAGUUCUUGGUCCUGAUGGAAGGACGCAUGGCAAUAAGUGUGCGAUGUGUGCUGAACUGUUCUUAAAAGAAGCUGAAGAAAAUGCCAAGCGAGAAGGUGAAACCAGAAUUCGACGAAGUGCUGAAAAGAAUUUUUGCAAGGAAUAUGAAAACCAAGUGAGGAAUGGAAGACUUUUCUGUACACGGGAGAAUGACCCAGUCCGUGGCCCUGAUGGCAGGAUGCAUGGCAACAAAUGUGCUCUGUGUGCUGAAAUUUUCAAACAGCGUUUUUCAGAAGAAAAAAAUAAAGCAGAUGAACAUCUGAGAAAGGCUAAAGAAAAAGUUAAAGUUAAAAGCAAAAUUGAGGAACUCUGCAGUGAAUAUCAGGAUCAUGCAAAGAAUGGAAAGCUUUUCUGUACCAGAGAAAAUGACCCUGUUCGUGGUCCAGAUGGGAAAAUGCAUGGCAACUUGUGUUCCAUGUGUCAAGCCGUCUACCAAGCAGAAGCUGAAGAAAAGAAAAAGAGUGAUGCAAAAGCAAGAAGUAAAAGAGAAUCUGGAAAAGCACCCUCAUAUGCAGAGUUGUGCAGUGAAUACCGCAAAUCCAGGAAGAAUGGACGGCUUCCUUGUACUAGAGAGAAUGACCCCAUCCAGGGCCCAGAUGGGAAGAUGCAUGGCAACACCUGCUCCAUGUGUGAGGCCUUCUUUCAACAAGAAGAAAGAGCAAGUGCAAAGGCUAAAAGAGAAACAGCAAAGGAACUCUGUAGUGAAUUUCAGAACAAGGUGAGGAAUGGAAUGCUCAUUUGCACCAGGGAGAAUGACCCUGUCCGCGGCCCGGAUGGCAAAAUGCAUAUAAACAAGUGCGCCAUGUGUGCAGGAGUGCUCAAACUUGACGAAGAAGAGAAGAAAAAUAAUGGCAAGGAAGAAAAGCAGAAAGCUAAGGCUGGAGCUAAGACUGAGAAAGUUAAGAGAGGAGCAGUACAGGAGCUGUGCAGUGAAUACCGUAACUAUGUGAGGAAUGGACGCCUUCCCUGCACCAGAGAGAACGACCCCAUCGAGGGCCCAGAUGGGAAAAUCCAUGGCAACACCUGCUCCAUGUGUGAGGCCUUCUUCCAGCAAGAAGCAAAAGAAAAAGAAGCUGGAUCCAGAAGAACUAAGAGAGAAGCUGAAAAGGAUACAUGCAGUGAAUUUCGGAGCCUUUUGCAAAAUGGAAGUCUUUUCUGCACUCGAGAAAAUGAUCCCGUGCGUGGCCCAGAUGGCAAGACCCAUGGCAACAAGUGUGCCAUGUGCAAAGCAGUCUUCCAGAAAGAAGAUGAAGAAAGAAAGAGAAAAGAAGAGGAAGAGUGGAGAAAUGCUGCAGGGGAUGGUUCCAAUGGUAAUCGAGGAGGGAAAGAUCAGGACCAAUGUGCUGAGUAUCGGAAACAAAUGAAAAAUGGAAAACUCAGCUGUACUCGGGAGAAGGAUCCUGUACGUGGCACAGAUGGCAAAUCAUACAACAAUAAGUGUACCAUGUGUAAAGAGAUACUGCAAAGAGAAGCAGAGGAAAACAAAAAGCUUUCUGGCUACAGAUCAAAUGGGACUGAAUCAGCAUCAGGACAGGAUGUAUGCAAUGAGUUUAGAAGUCAAAUGAAAAAUGGACAACUUAUUUGCACCCGAGAAAGUGACCCUGUCCAGGGUCCAGAUGGCAAGACACAUGGCAACAAGUGUACUAUGUGUAAGGAAAAACUGGAAAGGGAAGCAGCUGAAAGAAAAAACAAAGAGGAGGACUACACGAGAAACACAAAUGAAAAGAACAAUGGAAAAGAGGAUCUGUGUCGUGAAUUCCAGAACAUGGUGAGAAACGGAAAGCUUAUCUGCACCAGAGAAAAUGACCCUGUUCGAGGUCCUUAUGGCAAGAUGCACGUCAACAAGUGUGCUAUGUGUCAGAGCCUCUUUGAGCGAGAAGCUAGUGAAAGAAAACAGAAUAAAGAAGAAAAAUUAAGUCACGUAAAGGACCAGUGCAGAGAGGUUUGGAAGGAAGUGGAGGGUGGAAAGUUUAGACAGUCUGGGCAUAUCUUGGCCUCCAUUGCCAGGAUAAGUGCAGAUGAGUGCAGGAACUUUCGGGAGUAUGUGAGGAAUGACGAGCUCAUGUGCACUCGAGAGUAUGACCCUGUGCGUGAUGCUGAUGGGAAGUUAUAUAAAAACAAGUGCUACAUGUGCAGAACUAUCUUUCAAAAAGAAGUUUUGGAAAGGAAAAGAAUUCAAGAAAAGCCAUCUCACCUUAGAUCUUCUGAAGAGGAAGACAGCCCAAAGUCUUCCAUUUCUUCUCUGAACUCUGAGAUGUGCAAACACUACCGAGUAUUGCCCAGGAUGGGUUACCUUUGUCCAAAGGAUAUACACCCUGUCUGUGGUGAUGAUGGCCAGACAUACAACAACCCCUGCAUGCUCUGUCAUGAAAAUCUAAUACGCCAAACUAAUAUAUACAUACGCAGUGAAGGAAGGUGUGAGGAGAACAAUAUCCCUGAAACAACUCUCAGUGUGCCAGCAUCUGUCAAAUGAUGCAAGAGUUGGUGAAAGCUGUGAGGGAAAAUACGUACCCCGAUUCUGAAUCGCCCACCUUCACCAUCUGUAUAUACAAAGAAUUCUUCAGAGCUCAUCUUAUUUACUAUAGAAAACAAUACAGAACUGUUGGGGGAAUGGACUCACUGACUUUCAGUCUUUCCCGUCUCUUUCCUCCUAGAUUCUGUGAUCUGAGGGCACAGAGACAUCUUUACCCAGUCUGUGCUGUGGAAACCUCCUGAUCACAAUGCUGUCUGUUCAACUGCUUAUUCAAUAAAAGUAAACCCAGCAGAACACCA